GAGCUAAGCGUGGCUCUGUACAGGCAUCUCCUUGGCCUUCAGGAGAGCAAAGGCAGCCUGGACGAGCCUGCAGGUGGGAAGGAGCUGAACCUGCUGUGCUGUGACAUUGAUCCCGUGUUGAUUGCGAGGGCUCAGCAGCACAGCCCCUUUCCUGCCUCCAUCUCCUUUGCCAAGCUGGACAUCAUGGAUUCCAGUGCCAGGGACUCAUUCCUCAGCUCCUACCUGAGCCGCUUUGGCCGCUCCACCUUUGACAUUGGUUUUUGCAUGUCGGUGACCAUGUGGAUCCACCUGAACCACGGUGACAGGGGCCUGCUGGAGUUCCUGUCCUUCCUCUCCUCUGUGUGCACCUACCUGCUGAUGGAGCCUCAGCCCUGGAAGUGCUACAGGGCGGCCGCCCGGCGCCUGCGCAGGCUGGGCCGCAGCGACUUCGAGCACUUCCGAGCCCUUGCCAUCAACGGGGACAUGGUGGAGAGGAUCACCCAGAUCCUGACCAAGGACUGUGCCAUGGAGCUCGUGUGUUGCUUCGGGAGCACCUCCUGGGACAGGAGCCUCUUGCUUUUUAAAGCAAGUGCCUCAAGUCCUGAGGGCAGAACUCCUCUUCCGAAGAAUGAGGCUCCAGAACAGGAGCAGUGA